AUGAUUAUCGUCCUGGAUGCUGCUUUGGCUCGUGGUGCCUGGGACUUUUGGUCACUGGGGGGGGCGCUCUCGCACAGGUACAACGCCUACCGCACCCCAGGCUUCCCGCAGUUCCGCACCCAGUACAUCCGGCGGCGCAGCCAGCUGCUGCGGGAGAACGCCAAGGCCGGGCACGACUCCGGUGCCCGCAAGCUGUACCUGCGCCUGCGCGCCCAGCUCCUCGCCCAGCGCUACGGGCCCCUCUCCGAGCAGAGCAGCUUCCGCGCCUACAGCAAUAGCAUCGUCCGCACGGUGCCCCGCUACGGGCCCCUCUCCGAGCAGAGCAGCUUCCGCGCCUACAGCAAUAGCAUCGUCCGCAGCAGCCGCACCACGCUAGACCGCAUGGAGGUACGGGAGAGGGGCAGCGGGGACACAACCAUAAGUAAUGUUGCACAGGGAGUGGUGGUGGACAACGAGGGGACCCUGCAGCUGAAGAGGAGUUUCCAACCCCCCCAGGGCUCCCACCCUGUGCGCAGCAUCUUCUGCCCCCUCAUGUCCUUCCGCCAGGGGGCCUGUGUGGUGACAGGCAGCGAGGACAUGUGCGUCUACUUCUUCGACGUGGAGCGGGCCAGCCGGGCCAUCGUGAACAAGCUGCAGGGGCACAGCGCCGCCGUGCUGGGCAUCAGCUUCAACUGCGACGAGAGCCUGCUGGCCUCCAGCGACGCCAAGGGCAUGGUCAUCGUCUGGCGCCGCGAGCAGAAAUAGGCUCCGCCCCUGGCGGCCCGGACCGUACUCCUCUCCGUGGGCUGGGCCUUGUGGACACCCCCAUCCCCACUGCUCCUCCGUGCUGGGCCAAGGGGCUGGCCCCUGACCCCUCCCCCCUUGUGUCUUCCCCCCAGGCAGCUGCCCCUUGGUGUGGGGCCUUCGCUGUGUAGCCUGCUUCCCCCUACAAGCCAGGCUUCCUGCUGGCUCUGGCAGUGUGCCUCUUUUCUGGCAUGGGGUCACAUCACUUCACUUCUCAGCGGGGAUCCCCUGGGGGGGCUGGCCUAGGCUGCAGGCGGGCCGACCUACAGCCUUGCUUGAAGCUGGUGGCUCCAGCCAGACACCAGCCUGGGGCAGUUCUGGUUGUGUCCCCCAGGGCCUAGCCAGCAUGGUACAUGCAGAGGCAGCAGCUGAGUGACCAGGGUUCCCUUGCUCCCCAGGGGGACACUGCAGGCAGGUCCCUUUGGGGCUCACCUGCCAUGGAGUUGAAUGAAAUGGGUGGGACAUGAGCGCUCGCAGGGGGCCAAGCCAUGGUAGGGGCUCCCUCCGCCGUCCGCAGUCUGACUCCAUACCACCCAGGCCCAGCAAGAGUCCAGGCCGGUGGGGCUCCAAGGAGCCCAUUUAACCCUCACCUUGCACAGAGUGCUGGCACUGGGCUACAGUCACCUCUGGGGUGGAGCAGCUGUCUGCACAUCAGAGAUGCAGCAACCUCUAGGGCAGGCCACCUGGGGCACAGCUGCCUAGCAAGCAUUUGCUACUUCAGCCCAGGAAGCAAACCAAAUUCCUCCAGGAGACAAGACUGCUGGGCUUCAGUCCAGAGGCUGGAGUUACAGCCCCAGUCCGGCGUACGCCCCCCACCCCAAAAAACCAGCCACCACCACCAGGUCCAGAAUCAAACCAUCUAAUUGAUUGCAGCCUGGGGCCCUCCCGCCUCUGCUGCUCCCCAACCCCGCAUCCCACCCCACCCUCCCCAUCAAAAACCCUGGUAGAAAAGUCCUUUUGUAAAACUGCCCCCACCUUGGUUUAAAAACACCCCCCCACCCAUGACGCUGCUGUGGCCGC